AUGGAGGCCCACAGGCAUGCACCUGGGAUGGGCAUGGUCGAUGGCCAAGAAGUCGUGUUCAGGUAUCCAGGGCGCAUGCUGACAGGAAAGAAGAGUCGCUGUUUCCGUCCGAAGCUGUGGUGCUUCCUCGUCGCGCCCGUGCUUUGCACCACCGUUACUCUGGCUUUAACCGUGAACCUGCUGUGGAAGGUCAGCUUUGAAGGUGGUCUCCAGAAGGUGCAGGAAACGGACGAUAUACUGCUGAGGGAGCUCAACGAGUCAUCGACCGACAUCUUGAAUAGCAUGACGCACCAAAUGCAAGAGAUCUCCGCCCUAUUCGCAGUGACGAGCAUAUCUGAAUUUACCCACUGGCCCAGCCUAGCCACUGAUGUGAACCUGGCUGCCAUCGAGUCUUUUCCUUCUGCCCUUGAGCUCCGUCUGGAUCGCAUCAUCGAGCUGUUCUGGGGCGAGAUCUCCAAGCGCUUCAACCACGUGGACUACCUUGGUUACGGAGACCGAACUGGCGUUUUUAUUGGCCUCGAGCGGCUCCCCAAAGAAUUUACUGCCGCGCAUGAUUUUGAUGGACACUUCGGCGGGGAGUUUCGGCCAUCAGACCUCGUGGGCGCAACGCGACAAAGUUGCUCGUUGUGCCCACCGCCCUCGGUACUGACCGCAGGCGAAAAGACCUACUAUUUUGUGAACAACAAGACUGGCAAGUAUGUCAGCGUGUACACGAAAAAGGCCUACGAUCCACGCGUUCGGCCGUGGUGGAAGCUGGCAGUGGCAGCGAAGGGCAAGCCAGCAUGGACCGACAUCUACAACUACAGCAGUGGCCAUUCCCUUGGCAUGUCCUGCUCGCAGGCCAUCAUGUUUGAGGGCGAAGUUGUCGCUGUCCUUACAGCAGACUUUACCGUGUCGUACCUGAGCAAGUUUCUGCGAGAUGUGACCGAUGCCGUACCUGCUGAGGAGGGCUUCGUACUGGAUAGCAAGGGCUUCAUGGUAGCAAGCUCUCUCGGCAUCGAUGCGGUGGCGAAGCUGAUCUUCGACCAAGGCCACCCGGCUCGGGUACGAUACCACUGGACCCAGCUGCAGCAACUUGAUGACUUGAUGUCGCCCGUGCGAACACUGCUGCAGCUGUACGGAUCACUGGAGAAGUUGCCACCAAACGGAACGAUGUCGUCCGCGGACGGCUUGUACCUCUUCACAUACACCUCUGACCUGCACACACCUUUUCAGGAUGAGAAACGAUGGACCGUCAUCAUCUCACGGCCGAUAAGCUCUUACUUGGGCAAGGCCUGGGCAGUGCAGCAGCGAGCUGCGAAGAGGAACCAGGCGAGAGAAGCGAGGAUGGCUGAUCAACUUCACAUGCAGGAGCUCCAGACGAUUCUGUACUGCGGCCUUUUCGCGCUUGCCGGCGCGCUAAUCAUGAUCUUAAUCGGUUUCGCCGUAAGCAAGCCUCUGCACAAGAUCUCGUUACAGAUGCUUUCCAUGGCCAAGCUGGAGUUUCUGCAGCGCGCUGGAGCCCCCAUGACCUCAAUGAAGCGCGGCGACUUCAAGAAGUCGACGCGCUUCUCGAGUUUCCGGAGCUUCUUUAGUCGCCUCCAUCCAGACCACAGCCACCACAGCAGCUCCAGCAGUGACGAUGACAGCUCCAGCUCUGAGGAAGAAAUCGAUCUGGAGGAAGAGCCGGAGCCAGGCCGGCUAUCCCGAAUGCUCUCGCACGUGACACCGCAGGAAGUGGUGCAUAUGAGGGAGUCCUUCGUGUACAUGGUGGCGGGCCUGAAAUCUUUCGCUCGCUACAUGGACCCGGAAAUCAUGCGCAUCGUCGUUCAAAGCAAGCGCCAGGCGCAGCUUGGCAUGGGCAAAGCACCCGUGACCAUUUUCUUCAGCGACAUUGCCAACUUUACCACAAUUGCUGAAAGCUUGGAUCCCGAGACGUUCAUGGGCAUGCUGAGCGACUACCUCGACGAGAUGAGCAAGAUCAUCAUGGGCAAACGGGGUAUUGUUGGCGAGUUCAUUGGCGACGCCAUCAUGGCCUGGUGGAAUGCUCCGAUUGACCUCGGGGCCCGGCACACGGAGCUUGCGCUCUCAGCAGCUUUGGACCAGCAGGACAGAGUAUCCGAGCUUCGGGAGAAGUGGAUGAGCGAUGGGUUGCCAGAGGUCCACGUUCGCAUGGGCCUGGUGAGGGGUACUGUGCUGGCGGGCAACAUUGGUAGCUCUCAGCGCAUGAAGUACGGCCUCGUGGGCGAUAGUGUAAAUUUGGCUUCUCGACUGGAGGGCCUCUGCAAGUUUUACGGAGUGUGCAUCAUUGUCGAGGAGGAGGCAGCCAGCGCUCCAGGAGUGCGGGAGAAAUUCCGCCUUCGUUUGCUCGACCUGGUGACCGUCAAGGGUCGGCACCAGGAAACGGAGCUCUUCCAGCUGGUGGGAGUCCGGGAUUACGUGCCGGACCCCUUCCAUUCGGAGGAAGAAGUACAGUUCUUUACCGAUGGCUUCGCCCAAGUCCACGCCCUCUACCGUUCGCAGCAAUUUCAGGCUGCGCACUCCCUGCUGUGCAAAUACCGUGAGCAGUUUCCGCAGGACGUGCCGAGCAAGUUGCUUCUCCAGCGAGUGGAGACACUCUUGCAUGACCCGCCUCCUGCUGAGUGGACACCUGUCUACAAGCUUACAGAGAAGUGA